AUUAUUUUAUCUGGCGGUAGCCCGUUUGAUGUUGUUGCUAUGGUGAUGGGACUUAAUAGCGAGGCUAAAGGAAGACAAUCAACCGUCUGUUAAACAACAAUCAACAAAUAUUAUCGCCCCUUAACAGAAAUCAGACAUGGAUGAGCGCUUUGCCUUUCUGGCUGAGUGGUAUGACCCCAGUGCUGCUCUCCUGCGACGAUACCAGCUGCUCUACUACCCUAAAGAUGGCUCCGUGGAGAUGUUUGAUAUGAAGAACCAGCGAACCUUCCUACGGAGGACCAAGUUUGAUGAGAUUCAUCCAGAGGAUCUGUUUGUUGGCAACCGAGUCAACAUCUUUUCCCGUCAGCUGAACCUCAUAGGUUACGGGGAUCAGUACACUGCCAGCAAACUGGGCAGUAAGAAGGAGAGGACUUUGGCUAUGAUUAAGCCGGACGCUGUCACAAAAGUUGGCGACAUUAUUCAGAUGAUUUAUGAUGCCAACCUUAUUGUCACCAAAGCCAAAAUGACCAAACUUACAUGGAAACAGGCAGCGGACUUUUACAUGGAACAUCAGGCAAAGUCUUUUUUCAAUAAUUUGGUGCAGUUUGUGAGCUCCGGUCCCGUGAUUGCUAUGGAGCUGAUGGGAGAUGAGGCAGUGUCUACCUGGAGAAAAGUUCUAGGCCCGACUGAUUCUGGUGUGGCACAAAAAGAUGCAGUGAAUAGUCUCAGAGGCCAGUUUGGUACCGAUGGCACUAAGAAUGCAGGACAUGGGUCAGACUCAUUGGCAUCUGCUGCACGGGAGCUGGAGUUCUUCUUCCCUUCUACUACUGGUCACGGUCCCGCCAACACAGCCAUGUACUCCGACUGCACCUGCUGUAUCAUUAAACCUCAUGCCAUCUCAGAAGUAUUGACGGGAAAGAUCCUUAAGUCAAUUAUAGAAAAUGGAUUUGAGAUAUCUGCCCUGCAAAUGUUCAACAUGGAUCGAGUGAAUGCUGAGGAGUUUUUAGAGGUUUAUAAAGGGGUUGUAGCUGAGUACACUAAUAUGGUGGAUGAACUUUGUUCUGGACCUUGCAUGGCCCUGGAGAUCCAUGCUACCGACGCACCCAGAACCUUUCGGGAGUUCUGUGGACCUGCAGACCCUCGCUCUGAAGGCAUAUCAUCUGCCCUCCCUGGGUAAAAACCUGCUUUGUGUCUGCAUCAGAAAGUCGAAAUGUACACCACCAUGAAGGUUUCAUCUUGUAUGAAAGAUUAAAAGAUUAGUCUGCACACUCAUGUUGCAUGAUGACCAUUCUGCCAGCAGAUUUCUACUACUGCCAGAGAUAGCUUGUAAAUUGCAGGUACCAGUUAUGAUGAACCAUUAGAUAAGAAUUACAAUCCUUGCUCCUUGGAAUCCUUGGUCUGGGAUUUGUCAGCCUUACACACAGUACUAAAAGGUUUGGUAAUAAUGUGGAUUUGUCAUUUUCAGUGUGGCGCUUUCUUAUGGUCCAGUUGGUUUCCUGUGAUGGUUAAGACGGUGAACUAAAGGCUCUAGAGUUUAGUCCUUUGGUUACGGACCCGAUGAAAUUAAAAUUAGAGUACUGUGACUUUUAGUCUAUGUUUCUUAGCUUAUUAGGUUUUGUAUAUGUACUCAUUGAGUUUAAAAAAAUUAAA